AAACUGGGCGUCUCGUCGUCGCGAUUGCGAGCGAACAGCGUUCGUCGGCGACUGUAUAGUGUGCGUAGAUAGUUUGUUUUCGAUUGUGUGCUCUGCCACAAAUCGACCUGCGCGACGCCCGGGGGCCCCCAUCGUGCAGUCGUCGUGUCCUGUCGUCGUCGUGUGUCGUUCGUUUUUGUAACAAAACAUACGAAAAAUAAAUAAAUUAUAGACGAGCCAAGUGGAUCGAGGAGUCGUGGGGCUAUCAUCGAACCACGAGAGCAGCUUCUCACGAGUUCGCCAAAAUGGGCAGGGGCUCCGUACUCCUGACGAUUGCCGCCUGCUGCUGCUUGCUCGCGAGCGCCGACGAGCAUAGCCAUGUUUAUGAAAAAGGAGAAGAAGUGGUAUUAUGGAUGAGCACAGUCGGUCCUUACCACAACAGGCAAGAGACGUACUCUUACUUCUCCUUGCCUUUCUGCAAAGGACCCAAGGAAGUUAUCAGCCACUAUCAUGAAACCCUUGCGGAAGCUCUGCAAGGCGUUGAGCUCAAGAUGAGUGGAUUGAUAAUUGAAUUUGGAGAUCAUGCUAAAAGACAAGAAUACUGCAGAGUCAAAUUGGUUGAUGAAAGCUAUAGAGCUUUUGUUUACGCAGUUAAAAAUCAAUAUUGGUAUCAGAUGUACAUAGAUGACUUGCCAAUAUGGGGUGUUGUUGGAGAACCCGACGAAUCAAAUGGUUUGAAUGGAGAGACAUCGUAUUACAUUUGGACGCACAAAAAACUAGACAUAGGUUAUAAUGGCAAACAAAUUGUUGAUGUUAAUCUUACAAGUGAAUCAAAAGUAGAGCUCAAACCAGGAAGAACUAUUCCAUUCAGUUAUGAAGUUAACUGGAAGAAAAGCAAUAUUAAAUUUGAAGACAGAUUUGACAAAUAUUUAGAUCCUAACUUUUUCCAACACAGGAUUCACUGGUUUAGUAUUUUCAAUAGUUUUAUGAUGGUCAUUUUCCUUGUGGGACUUGUUUCCAUGAUUUUAAUGCGCACUUUAAGAAAAGACUAUGCUAGAUAUAGUAAAGAUGAAGAGAUGGAUGAUAUGGAGCGAGAUCUUGGAGAUGAGUAUGGUUGGAAACAAGUUCACGGAGAUGUUUUCAGACCAGCAAGCCAUCCAAUGUUAUUUUCAGCUAUGAUUGGUGCUGGAUAUCAGGUCACAGUUGUUGUUUUGAGUGUUAUUAUCUUCGCUAUUGUUGGAGAACUAUACACCGAAAGAGGCUCAAUGCUAUCCACUGCUAUUUUUGUUUUUGCAAUAACUUCGCCAAUCAAUGGAUAUACUGGUGGUGGCCUGUAUGCAAGAAUGGGUGGCAGAAUUUGGAUAAAACAAAUGUUGUUAAGCGCCUUUCUUAUCCCAGUUUUAGUUUGUGGCACUGCUUUUAUUAUUAAUUUCAUAGCCAUGUACUAUCAUGCAAGUCGUGCCAUUCCUUUUGGAUCUAUGGUUGCUGUGACAUGUAUUUGUAUCUUCAUAAUUCUGCCUUUGACCUUAGUUGGUACUAUUCUUGGUAGGAAUUUGGCAGGUACACCAGAUGCCCCUUGUCGUGUUAAUGCAGUUCCUCGGCCAAUUCCUGAAAAGAAGUGGUUUAUGGAACCGCUUGUCAUUAUCAUGCUUGGAGGUGUAUUACCCUUUGGAUCAAUAUUUAUUGAAAUGUAUUUCAUAUUCACAUCAUUCUGGGCCUACAAAAUUUAUUAUGUUUACGGCUUCAUGUUGCUGGUAUUUUUAAUUCUUAUGGUUGUGACUGUAUGUGUUACAAUUGUUUGCACAUAUUUCCUUCUUAAUGCAGAAGAUUACAGAUGGCAAUGGACAAGUUUUCUUGCUGCUGCAUCAACGUCUAGUUAUGUUUAUCUUUAUUCAUUUUAUUAUUUCUUCUUUAAGACAAAAAUGUAUGGUCUUUUCCAAACUGCGUUUUAUUUCGGCUACAUGGCACUGUUCAGUUUGGCUCUAGGUUUAAUGUGUGGCACAGUAGGAUACGUCGGUACGAGCUUUUUCGUGCGCAAGAUUUACUCGACUGUGAAGAUAGACUAAAUAUCUCUACUCCUAAACAUUUGAGAUGUAUCCAACUUAUUUGAAAAUUGUCUCAUUAACCACUGAAAGUGUGUAAUCUGUGUCACGUAUCCAUCAUUUCUUUGGUCAAUUAAAUCAUUAAGAGAUGAUGAUUCAUAGUGGCGCUAGUCAAAACCGAGAAAAAAAGACGAGACGAUGAUGCGUUGAGAGAGUGUACAGUUUAUUUUUUUUUUAUUUUUUUUUAAAUCCUUCAGCUUCCAGUUUUGUGAGGAGGUCUUUUUGGAGCGAUAUUGUUGAUUUAUUUCAAGAAAAAACCAUUCAGGAAGUCGAAGGCAUUUUGUAAGGAUAGCAAAAACUAUACUAAGAAGAGAGUAUACAUAGAUGUGUGUAUAGAAUUGUGAUCGAUGAAUUAAUCGUGUAGUGCAUACGGUGUAAGAAUUGUAAUAAAAAAAAAAGGUUUCAAAUCCUA